CGAGCUGCUUUGCAAAGCGGUCGAACCCGAAGAGUCCGGGCUCCGGCGGCGUGCGCGGCGUCCGACCCGGCUGGCGGCUGCCUUGACUUCACACGGCGCGCCGAAGAAACCCGCGACUGGCCUCCAGUCCCGCACCUCCAUGGCGCCGCCCACCUCCCCCGCUGCCGUGGCGGUGGCCGCCCGCGCGGCGCCGACGCCGGCCGCAGCGCUUGCGCUCUUCAAGUCCGCGCUGUCCGCGGACCGGGCCCUCUGCCCGCUCGCCGUGCUCCCGCACCUCGCCGCGUCCCCGUCGCUGCCGCACCUCCUCCUCGCCGCCUCCGCCGCCGCUCGCCCCCACGCCACCUCCCUGCUCCUCUACGGGCGGCUCAAGUCGCUCUCCGUCCCCAUCCCCGUCGCCUCCCUGCACCCGCUGCUCUCCUCCCUCCCCUCCGCCCCGGCCUUCGCGCUCUUCGCCGACAUCUACCGGCUCCGCCUCCCGCUCUGCACCACCACCUUCAACAUCAUGCUCCGCCACCUCUGCGCCACGGGGAAGCCCGUCCGCGCGCUCGAGCUGCUGCGCCAGAUGUCGCGCCCCAACGCCGUCACCUACAACACGGUCAUCGCCGGGUUCUGCGCGCGCGGCCGCGUCCAGGCGGCGCUGGAGGUCAUGCGCGAGAUGCGGGAACGCGGCGGCAUCGCCCCCGACAAGUACACCUACGCCACGGUGAUCUCUGGGUGGUGCAAGAUUGGCCGUACCGAGGACGCAGCUAAGGUGUUCGACGAAAUGCUGGCCGCGGGAGAAGUGAAGCCAACUGCGGUGAUGUACAACGCAUUGAUUGGAGGCUACUGCGACAAUGGCAAACUGGAUGUUGCGCUGCAAUACCGGGAUGAUAUGGUAGAGAGAGGGGUCGCCAUGACGGUCGCAACCUACAAUUUACUUGUGCAUGCGUUGUUCAUGGCUGGACGUGCAUCAGAUGCUUAUGCAGUGCUUGAGGAGAUGGAGAGGAAUGGUCUUUCCCCAGAUGUUUUCACUUAUAAUAUAUUAAUCAAUGGGUAUUGCAAAGAGGGGAAUGACAAGAAAGCACUGGAGGUGUUUGAAGGGAUGUCUCGGAAAGGGGUGCGUGCGACUGCGGUGACCUACACAUCAUUGAUAUAUGCAUUAUCCAGGAAAGGGCAAGCUCAGGAGACAGAUAGGUUAUUUAGCGAGGCUGUGAGGAAGGGCAUCAGGCCUGAUGUUGUUAUGUACAAUGCUCUGAUCAAUACCCACUGCAUAGGAGGAGAUAUGGACAGGGCAUUUGAGAUCAUGGCAGAGAUGGAGAAGAGGAUCACCCCAGAUGACGUGACAUACAACACACUAAUGAGGGGGUUGUGCUUGCUGGGCCGUCUUGAUGAAGCGCGAGGACUCAUUGAUAAGAUGACAAAGAAGGGUAUCCAGCCAGACCUUGUCACCUACAAUACACUGAUCAGCGGCUACAGUAUGAAGGGUGACAUUAAGGAUGCUUUGAGGGUCCGGGAUGAGAUGAUGAACAAGGGGUUCAACCCAACACUUAUGACAUACAAUGCGCUGAUACAGGGGCUGUGCAAGAAUGGCCAGGGAGAUGAUGCCGAGAACAUGAUGAAAGAGAUGGUGGAGAAGGGCAUCACCCCUGAUGACAGCACGUACAUCUCGCUGAUUGAGGGACUUACCACUGAAGAUGAGCGAGCGGCUGCGGCAGAUGCUGCAAAAGCUUGAGCUUGCUUGGAAGGCAUAGGCUUAUCUAUUUGAAGUGACCAAAAGCUUGCUUGCGCUACACUGUGGUUUCCAUUUCAAGAUUACCAGCAUUGGCCAUAAGGGCCAGGUGACAGUGGCAUUUGGUAUCAACUGUGGCCCUUAACAGAGUUGUAGCCUUAGGCUGAUCGGUUGAUCUGUGAAGAAGUCCUGUAAUAUUUGAGAAUGGAGGGGGAGAAAGCACCCUUGAUAUUUGGAAGCCUUUGAACAACAGUAAGUAAAGACUGGACCUUUCUGUCUGGUUAUAUUAUAACUGAGCUUGUUUUUAUGUUAUCUCAUUGUCACAUCCUUUGUUCAUAUUUCCUAUCAAUCUGAUAGAAUAAACUCAA